AUGGUAUCUGAUCCAGAAGUUCCCAACAUGGGGGACGUCGAAACCCGCCUCUUCAUCAACAACGAGUUUGUCGAGGCAAAGGACGGCAAAACUUUCCCCGUCAUCAACCCAGCGACCGAGGAGGUCUUCCAAUAUGUCUCCGAGGCGUCGGCGGCGGACGUGGACCUCGCUGUGAGUGCAGCUGAGGCGGCAUUCCCAGCAUGGGCAGCACUGGGCGGCUUUCAACGCGCGGCGUAUUUCUACAAGCUCGCGGACCUGGUGGAACAGAGCAAUUCCAAGCUCGCUCUCAUCGAAGCAUCGAGCAUGGGCCGACCAGUGGGAACUUAUACCGAGGGUCUCGCCUCGGCGAGGUUCUUGAGAUACAUGGCUGGCAAAGCCACGGAUGUUCAGGGGACGUCGUCGACCCAGACCCCUGGAUUUCUGAACCUAACUCUCAGAGAACCGUAUGGCAUUUGCGCUGCCAUCACCCCGUGGAACGCUCCAGUGACGAUGCUGAUAUUCAAAAUGGCACCUGCACUAAUUGCCGGCAAUACCUUGGUGGUCAAGUCAUCCGAAAAGGCGCCACUCACCAGCUUCUACGUCGCCAGUCUUGCACGGGCUGCAGGGUUCCCUCCCGGAGUUCUCAACGUUCUGAGUGGCUUUGGCACGCCUUGUGGAGCCGCAUUGGCGUCGCACAUGAAGAUCCGCAAAAUCUCCUUUACAGGCUCCGUCCGUACAGGAAAGGCGAUCAAGGAAGCGGCCGCCAAAUCCAAUCUCAAAAAGGUCACUCUAGAACUAGGAGGGAAGAGCCCCCUGGUCAUUUUUGAGGACGCUGACUUGGAUAAAGCCGCCGAAGCGGCGGCCAAGUCGAUUCUCCUAAACUCGGGACAGGCUUGCAUAGCUAGUACUCGUGUCUACGUUGCAAAGUCAGCAAUGGAAGCUUUCUGCCAGAAAUUCGUUCAAUCAUUAAAAGACCUCGGAGCGAAUCCACCCUCGGGCAACGAUCCUAGAGUCUCGGGAACACGGAGGGGUCCACAAGCUACUCAGUCUCAGUUCGAGUCGAUUUUGUCCUACAUCAAAGAAGCUGAGCAGUCAGGGUAUGGGAUUAUAGCCGGAGGCAAAAGGGAAGGUCAACGAGGGUUUUUCAUCGAGCCGACCAUCAUCUACGAACCCGACGAACAAAGCCGGGUGAUGAGAGAAGAGAUAUUUGGGCCGGUCGCAUGCGUCAAAAGUUUUGAAACAGAAGAAGACGUCAUCAGGCGAGCCAACGAUAGCGAGUUCGGCCUCUAUGCGAGUGUUUAUACAAAGGACAUAUCUCGCGCGCUGAGGGUUGGGAGGGCAUUUGAGUCCGGAACCGUCGGGAUCAACAGUACCAGCCCUAUGAUGACCCACGACAUGCCUUUUGGCGGAGUGAAGCAAAGCGGAGAAGGGAGGGAGCUUGGAAAAACCGCCGUGGACGACUGGACACAACUGAAAACAAUGUACAUAGCAAUGUAA